CAUGUCUUCAUUUUCCAGAUCAGUGUGGAGCAUGAACCACAGCCCGAUCUUCACAGAUGCAGAAGACAGAAUUCUGGCGACCACCUGGCGUGGAAAGUCAGGUCGAAGCCCGCUCCAGGCACUUUAUGACAGUGACCAGUUUCAGCAGUCGUCCCUGCAGGCAAUUCACCAGCAUCGGCGGGAGCUGCUGAGCAGUGUCUGCAACCGCUACACCCGCAAGCGGCGUCUCCUCACCCCCGAUGACCUGCGCCACCUUGUGGUGGAUGAUGUCCAUGGGCUGCUCUACUGCUACGUGCCCAAAGUGGCCUGCACCAACUGGAAACGAGUCAUGAUGGUCUUGACAGGGCAAGGCAAGUACCAGGACCCUCUGGAGAUCCCGGCCAAUGAGGCCCACGUCUCCUCCAACCUGCGCACCCUCUCCGAGUACAGCAUUUCCGAGAUCAACCACCGCCUGCGCAACUACCUCAAGUUCAUCUUUGUGCGGGAGCCCUUUGAGCGCCUGGUCUCAGCCUACCGCAACAAGUUCACCCGCAGCUACAACACAGCCUUCCACAAACGCUACGGGACCAAGAUCAUCCGGCGGCACCGGCUGGAACCCAGCGAUGAGGCCUUGGAGCGCGGCAACGACGUGCGCUUUGACGAGUUCGUCUACUACCUGUUGGAUCCCCAGACGCAGCGUGAGGAGCCCUUCAAUGAGCAUUGGGAGAGGGUGCACUCACUCUGUCACCCCUGCAUCGUCCACUACGAUGUGGUGGGCAAGUACGAGACACUGGCGGAGGAUGCCAGCUACAUCCUGCAGCUGGUGGGGGCUGACAUCAACAUCAAGUUCCCCUCUUCCUCCAAGACCACCAGAACCACAGAUGACAUGACAGCCCAGUUCUUCCAGGACAUCAGCCCUUUCUACCAAAGGAGACUCUUUAAUUUAUACAAAAUGGAUUACUUGCUCUUCAACUACUCCAUCCCCUCAUACCUCCGCAUUCAAUGAGGGUGGGAUCAGGGGGCUCUGGAGAAACAAGUCAUUCACCCCUUCUUAGCUAAUGUAGACCGCCCCCACACACAGAAACUCACUACGUGGUUCAUCUCUUUACCCUCCUCUUCGUUCCACUCCAGGCCAGUGAACACCGCGUCCUUGUAUCAGGGUUACACUGGGAUGGGCCACAUGGCAUGAGGUUGUUUCCUGGAUUAACACACUGAAACUUGGGGCUGUAGCCCCCAUCCUACCUACAGGAGGUUGUUUACUGGAACAGGACACUGCUGUUUAAAGGCUCAGCCUUUGUGGUUAGAUGCUAAGAAAAUUCUCUGUAGAUCUAAAUCUGGAGAAGGCUCCUUAUUCAGGGCUGGUUCCCUUCUGAUCCUUCUCCCCCUAGCUGUACUGUAUGCAGCUGAGUUCAGGAGAUGUUGGAGUCUUUGCUGGGCAGAGGACAAGUUGCAGAGGGGGUCUCUCAGAGAUUUGUGUAAUAUGAGAAAAGCAAUAAUUUAAUGUGUAUUUUUAUUUGUUUGUUUAAAAGUGCCUCCUGACCCCUUUAACCUCCCCUCAAGCUACCCCCUUUCUCAUUGACUGGGAAAGGGGGAGGAAAUGUGAGCCAUCUGUGUCUUAGUGUGAACUAGUAUUCCUCUGUGGCAAAGCCUGUUUUUAGUCACCUUCCACUUGCCUUGUGUUGGGAUGCAAAAUACCGUGUUGGAUGACAGAGAGGCACAUUCGUCCGUGGUAGAAACUGCAUGGAUUUUUGUGGAGCUAUGACAGUUUGCACCAACAAUGGAUAUGGCCCAGAUUGUGUGUGUGUGUGUGUGUGUGUGUGUCCAGUAUGAUAAUUAAAGACCACGUGACCCGCUUAUUAUAAGAGUAGGUGUUAACUGCUCUUUGAGACGUGGACUUGUAUGUUCUGUCUGUCCGCAUAGUGCUGAUUACAAGGCCCUAUCUGGUUACCCUCUAGGACACUGCUGCACUGUAAAUAUUACCUAUGAAUAACCAUGAAGUUCUGGCCAGAUUCCAAUAUGGCUGCUUAAAUAUGGCCUACAGAAUAUAUUCUUUCCCCUACUGCCAUAAAGUGUUGUUGUACAGUGCUCAAUGGCUGCUUCUUAACCCAGGGGUGGCUGUAUUUCCUUGGGUGGGGCAUUUUGGCAUGGGAAGUGCUAUAGAAAUCGGAAGCUAUUAUAGCUAUGAAAAGGUUGGUGCUGGUUGGUGUGUGUGUGUGUACAAGCAUGUGUGUGCAUAUAUAUAUGUGUGUGUAAAAGAAAAUAAGAGAAAAAAACCCUUAAGAGUUGCAGUGGAAGUUUCUCAACUAGCUAGCUGGCUUUGGACAAUUCAUUACUUGAAGAAAAGAAACAAUAAUGACAAACCCUUAAAAUUUUACAUUCCAGCCAGUUCAAAUAGAUAGAUUUGCUUAAACAAAGAAGCAUUUCAGUCUUCACUCUCUUAAAUUCAGCUUUGGCUCUGCAUAUAGAGCACCAUCACCCUUGUAAGUAAACAUGCUGAUAAUAGGAUUACCCUAUGAUGUGUCUGCUGAUUCUGUUGUGAACACUUGACUUACUAGUGCAAUACAGUGGCAAGGUUUUAUAAAACCCCUAUGUGCUCAGCCUGUUCU